AAAUCCUAAGGACGUUAACCGCAUGAGAUGAACGGUGAAUAACAAGUACACGUGGCAAGAAGCUUUGUCCACAUAACGAAGAGGCAGGACUCUCUCUAAAGCCCUCUAUGAAGAAAAAAAAUCUAGAAAAUGCACAAACAUUAUUUACUUGUCUUCUUCCAUGUAAAUAAUAUCUGUGGUCCUGGUACAAAGUCAUACAAAUAAUUGUAAAUCAAUGUGCAUAAUAUCAUGAUUUUAAACCAGAUCACAAAAUUGCUUUGUUAGUUAUAUGCUUAUUGAUAAAUUCUACAAGCAAAUGAUUAGACUAAAUUUCCACUGUUCUCUAAUUCCUAUUGCAAGACAAACGAAACCAGGCAGCAACCAUGGUUCUUUCAUCAUCCAAAAUCCCAGAGCUUCAAAAUUUUCGCGGCGGGUUUCGAUCAAGCUUAAGGCCAUAAAAGGUGAAAUGAAUGGAGAAACAAGUGGAUCUUCAGGAGGUAGCUGGGAUCCUGGGUUGGAAAUUGAAGUCCCUUUUGAACAAAGACCGGUAAAUGAGUACUCAUCUCUGAAGGAUGGAAUCCUGUAUUCUUGGGGGGAACUGGGUCCCGGGUCGUUUUUCCUUCGCCUUGGAGGUCUCUGGUUGGCGGUGUUCACAGUGCUUGGAGCGCCAAUUGCAGCUGCAAGCUUUAAUCCUUCAAGAGAGCCUCUGAGAUUUAUACUAGCUGCGGGAACAGGAACACUCUUCAUUGUGUCUUUGAUUAUCUUGAGGAUUUAUCUGGGGUGGAGUUAUGUUGGUGAUAGACUUCUGUCUGCAGUCAUUCCUUAUGAAGAAAGUGGAUGGUAUGAUGGACAGAUGUGGGUCAAGCCGCCUGAGAUCCUAGCUCGGGAUAGACUGUUGGGCUCUUACAAGGUUAAACCGGUUGUUAAACUGCUGAAGCAAACUCUAGUUGGGACUGGAGCAUUACUUGUUACCGGAGUUAUGCUAUUUAUCUUUGCUACACCAGUGGAGAAUUUUCUUCAAUCCACCUUUACCACAGAAGAAAACAAAUCAGCCGUCCAAGCUACCAAGGUUAACAAGUUCAACCUAAGAAAGGAGGAGUUGCUUAAAUUGCCUGCAGAUGUGAAAGCAGACGACAAUCUAGCAGCUGCUGCUGCCGAGGCUGCUGAUGGAAGACCGGUCUACUGUAGAGAUAGGUUUUAUCGAGCAUUAGCAGGAGGCCAGUAUUGCAAAUGGGAGGAUCUGCUCAAGUAAGGGGCAAAGAGGAGACAGGCAUAUGAUUUCAUAUAGUAAAAGCAGAUUAUCAUUUGUUAAAAUUUGCAACUCUAUGGCCAAAGCUUUAUUCUAUUAGUUAAGAAAUCCAUUCAAUGCA